UUGAUCAAGUUGUGCGACGCACAAUCAAACCGAUAAACAUGAGCACACUUGCUCAUUCACACUCACACAAAUGCACAGCGCACCGCACCGUUUCGGUCGACGUGAAAAAAGAAGCAAUGAAUAUUUUCAAAAAGAGCCACUCAUCCGCCGGAGCAUAUCAGUUUGAUUUGAGCCGUUUCGGUGUAUAAACACAUAAUUAGAUCGCUUGUACGCAGCACCAUAGCAAAUAAAUUCAUUUCUUUAGUCUCGUUCCAGGAGGCAUUCGACUGUUUUCUACUGAAUAAUUUUAACAGAUCACAACCAUUUCCAUUUAAUAUUCGCAGUGCAAGAAAACCACAGAAACAAAAAAACAAUGCCUGUUGAUAUUCAAAACGUUCUGGUCUGCGAUGCUGUCGAUGAAUCGUGCAUUCAACUCUUGAAGCAAAAUGGAAUUAAGGUUGACUACAAAUUGAAAUUGUCGAAAGAGCAACUAUGCGCUGAAGUGAAGAAUUACGAUGGUUUGGUUGUGCGAUCAGACACCAAAAUUACGGCUGAAGUGCUCGAAGCCGGUGCCGGACAUGUAAAAGUUGUCGGCCGUGCUGGCGCUGGUGUUGAUAACAUUGACAUCGCUGCUGCAACAAAAAACGAUGUUAUCGUUUUGAACACACCUGGUGGAAAUUCAAUUUCUGCAUGUGAAUUGACAUGUUUGUUGAUUGGUUCAUUGGCGCGUCCAAUUGUGCCGGCUGGUCAAAGUAUGAAAGAUGGCAAAUGGGAUCGUAAAUUGUACUCUGGUUCAGAACUGUACGGCAAAACGUUGGCAAUUCUUGGUUUGGGUCGUAUCGGUCGUGAAGUUGGUAUCCGCAUGAAUGCUUUCGGAAUGAAAGUUAUUGGUUUUGAUCCAAUCACCACAGUCGAAGAGGCAAAGGCAGCUGGCAUUCAAAAGUUGGAAUUGGAUGAAAUUUGGCCAUUGGCUGACUAUAUUACCGUACACACUCCACUCAUUCCAGCCACUAGAAACUUGAUCUGCACUGCAACACUCGCCAAAUGCAAAAAAGGCGUGAAAGUGGUGAAUGUUGCACGUGGUGGUAUUAUCAACGAAGCCGAUUUGUUGGCCGCUUUGGAAUCAGGCAAAGCUGGUGGUGCCGCACUUGAUGUUUACGAAGAAGAACCACCAAAGGCCGAAAUCACCAAGAAACUGAUUCAACAUCCAGCCGUUGUUGCUACACCACAUUUGGGCGCCAGCACAGGUGAAGCUCAAAUCCGUGUCGCCGUUGAAGUGGCCGAGCAAUUUAUUGCUCUCACUGGUCGUUCGACGGAAUACACAAAGUAUGAUGGUGUUAUUAACCGCGAUGUUUUGAAGAAAUACUAAAGCGGCUAGCUGGUUGACAUGAGUGACUACUGCAACAACAAUAAA